AUGAAACUUGAGAAAUUAAUUUCGAAUAUUAAAUUAAUUGCUGGUAAUACUCGACAGAAUGCAAACCGUAUUGUAUGGAAUGCAAAUUUAACAUAUAAAGUUCCAAGACUAACAGCAAGUAUUUUUUCUCUGUGGACACUUCAGAAAGCAGAUCAUUAUUUUGAAGCUGAAGGCUUGGAAGAUCAAAAUAACUAUCUUUUUCAACCUCAUGCAGCUCAAGUAAAUCUGUAA